AUGUUCGACAACUUCGACAUCGACAUCCUCGUCAAGGUGCUUUCGCAUACAAUGCUCAGUCCGUUCUUCAUGUUCUGGUUGCCCGUGUUCUUCUGGUUCAACGACGUGCCGUACACCGACCCUGUCUUCUUCGGCACGAGCGCGUAUGUCAUUGGGGUAGCCGUAUUCUGGUUCACGAAGUGGCAUUCCCGCCUGUACCGUAACCAAGGCAGCCUCAUCUACGGGCCUGGUUCCCUGGACUGGGGCGAGCAGAUCAUCCUCAUCACCGGUGGCUCGUCGGGCAUUGGUGAACUCAUCGCCAAUACGUGUGCUGUGCGCAACGUCACUGUCAUCGUGUUGGACGUCAACCCCAUCGUCACCGAGAACUACAACAUUAACUACUACAAGUGCGAUGUAUCCAAGUGGGAGGAGGUCGAAGCCGUGUCUAAGCAGAUCAUCGAAGAGAUUGGACACCCGACUAUCCUGAUCAACAAUGCAGGCGUCGUGCAGGGCAAGCUCCUUGUCGACCUGACACCUGAGGAUGUUCAGCAGACUUUCUCUGUAAACACACUGGCUCACUUCUGGACGCUGAAGGCGUUCCUGCCUGGCCUGAUCGAGCGAAAGAAGGGCCAUAUUAUCACUAUGUCUUCUGUCGCAGGCAUGGUCGGGAUGGCUCGCAUGACCGACUACAACGCCUCUAAAGCGGCGCUCAUCUCGCUGCACGAGUCCCUGCGCUACGAGCUCGACCACAAAUACAACGCGCCCGGUGUCCGGACGACGCUCGUGCUCCCGGGUCACGUCCAGACGCCGCUCUUCUCGCGCGCGCGCCUCCCGCAGACGUGGUGGUACAAAUUCUUCGUGCCGAGCCUCCCGCCGGUCACAAUCGCUAAGGCGGUGAUCGCCGCGAUCGACGAGCAGCACUCGCGGACGCUCUACAUGCCGUUCUAUGCCAACUUUGUGCCGUUCUUGGGCCUGUGCCCGAGCUAUGUGCGCGACUUUGGGCAAUGGCUCUCCGGAUGCGACUACGCCAUGGAUGAUUUCGUCAAGGUGUCUGGUCGCCGGUCGGAUGAAGGCCCCGUACCGGGCACGUCAGAGAAGGCUUGA